AUGCGUUCGGCGAAGAAACAGAAGACUGCGCGCGAUUCCGGCAUCUUCCUGGAGGGCUCGGGCAGCGAGAGCUCGGAUUCUGCUUUUGAGUCGGUGCGGCCCAACAAGAACGACAAACAGAAGAGUGCAAAAAGCAAGGACGGUACUAGCACGGACAAGAACCAGUCAGACAAGCCUGCGAAUCCAGCACCGCAUGAUUACGUCUGUAUACCUCAUCCUUUCUUCGACAUAGAAGGCAGAAACUGGCUGAAUUGGACCUCAGACCCAGACGCCUACAUCGAAGACAAGUCGGAAAUUUUCGAUAAGCUCUACAAGCCCAUUGAUGAUAAGUUCAGAAAGGAUGGCAUCUACAAAGCACCGCCAAGUAAAUUUCCAGAGCACAAAUGGGUGAUGAUGUGGGAUGCUUGGCUAAAGGCGGAUUUGCUGGGAAGGAAGGCCAAAUAUUGCGACCCAGACAGUUUCGGCAUGUACUUAUGCAAUGACUGGCGAGGGUGGGGAAUGCAGGAGAUUAUGGAGAACAUGAUGAUCGAGUUCAACCAAAGCUUCCGGGCCAAGGAUGAACGCAUUGAAAAGAUGUGGUCGGUGGUCAGCGCAGUAGGCCUUUGGCUGAAUGAAGAAGACCACAUCGGCCCGCUCAUCGGCAAUGAAGACGGCAAAACAACUUGCGAGCUCUUCGGCUUACUGGGCUGCGCACUACUUACUGUGCUCGCAGCCAUUGAAGCAGCAGGCGAGCUCAAACCAGACUCCCGCUUCCUCGACUUGACCCUCGGUAUCGCAUACUAUCUGGAGCUAUCGCACGAUCUCCCCGCAUAUGGCAUUGAAGGAGAAUGUAUAGCUUGGCGCAACGAAGCCGUUAACUACUUCAAAAAGGGCAAGCUCGAUCCUGAGAAGGGAAUCUUUGCAACGAAGCUGCGCCUUGAGAAGUUGGCAAAAGUAAGUGACUCCGAAACAGACGAAGACGGCAUUAAAGAAACCAAUCAAAUCACUGAGAAGGUCACGACUGGAACCACGGCUCUUGAGACAUCGGCUGGUAGCUCGGCUGCAAACCCGGUAAUGAUUCCUGAAGAUGAUGAUGCGGACAAGGAGAACGCGAACCCAGAGGCCAUGGGCGACAAGGCUGUCUCUCCGCCGAUAACCGCAAAAGGUAAGAGGAAGAGGGGCUUGGGUGUUACGGAGAACGCGGAGAAUGCAAACAAGGCAGAGAAAGACUCAUGGCACUGGCAUGAAAAGUUUCAAGCGUACAAGAAGAGGCAGGGUGAACCGUUGGGUGGUGAAAAAUAUGACAUUACCAAGAUGAGCAGAACAGAAAGAGCGGCUGCAUCAUUCACUGGCAAAGAUCCCCUUGCCAAAAUCCCGGUGAAAUAUCUAAAGGAAAACCUACUGGAUCAAGUUUGA